CAAUUUGGGGGAGGAUCCUAAAGUAGUUUCACACAUGAAUUUGAAAAAGUUUCGCAAGGGUCUGGAGGCAGGAGCCGGUGUCCGAAGUUGAUACUCGUAGUAGCUGCUUAGCUACGUAAAUUACAGGUUAUUUUCGUAGAACUUUUUUGGUCUCCAGGAGGUCUUUUGCUUAGCUGUUCCCCCAAAUUCGUAUGAUUAAACGUCAUCAGUAUUUUUUUAUUUAGUAUUAGCAAGUUGCUCAGCUCCAGCGUUUAAUAUAACCGACUAACUGGCUAACUCCUGAAAUGAAAGCUGGCGUGCUUCAUUGCCGUUGCUCAAAAUGCUUCUCUGUGCCCGUGAAGAAGAGGGUGAGGAGGCGCCCAUCUGCCCUGACGCUGCUCUCCCUACCCGAGGAGGUCCUGCUCUGUGUGUUGCAGUGCCUCUCAGCCCAGGACCUGCUGGCUGUCAGAGCAGUGCAUUCGCGGCUGCGUGACCUCGUCGACGGUAACUCCCGGCUCUGGGCGCGAGUCAGCUUUGCCAACAGCUGGCCUUCCGCGGACACCGUCUGGCUUUUCGAGAGAGCGGCGGAUAAGGGGAAUUUUGAAGCAGCGGUGAAGCUCGGAAUAGCCUACUUGUACAACGAAGGCCCUUCGCUGUCUGACGAGGGGCGGGCCGAGAUCUGUGGCCGCAAAGCGUCCCACUUUUUCAGCCUGGCUGAGAGUCUUCGCGCCCCGACGGCCGAUCCCUUCGUCUGGGUCUUCAUCCGACCGCCGUGGUCCCCCUCCGGAAGCUGCUGCAAGGCCGUGGUGUUCGACCACCUGAAAGCAGAGUGCUCUUCGCAGCCUGAGAAAAGAGGCUCUUUGCUGCAUUGUCUGGCACGGGUUCUACAGUUUUUUGAUGAAGAGGAGAAGCUUGUGGAGGCCCUGGACAUGCUGGAGGAGUCGUCCCGACACGGCUGCUUGCAGAGCUCCUACCUACUGUGGGAGCACCAGCGCAGGGCAGCGAUGGCAGACCCCGGCAGGUACCUCCAGUGUCUGCGCACGCUGAGGGACUACGCGGCCAAAGGCUGCUGGGAGGCGCAGCUGUCCCUGGCCAAAGCAUGCAGUUCUGCAAACCCUCUAGGCCUGGACCCACAGGCCUGCGCUGACCAGGUCGCCCAGCUCUUCCAGUCCCAGUCUGCCCAGCGUCGCCGACCCGAGGACCUACUUCGUCACGGGAUCAAAGACACCAUGAGUCGCUCUGCCUCCUUCAGGUACAUCCUGGUGGACUGGCUGGUGGAGGUGACCACCAUGAAGGACUUCUCCAGCCUGGCGCUGCACGUGACAGUGGGAUGUGUCGACCGCUACCUGGCACUGCACUCCGUGCCGAAAGCCCGCCUCCAGCUGCUAGGCAUCGCCUGCAUGGUCAUCUGUACCCGGUACAUCAGCAAGGAGAUUCUGACGAUCCGUGAAGCUGUGUGGCUCACCGACAACACGUACAAGUACGAGGACCUCGUGAGGAUGAUGGGAGAGGUCAUGUCUGCACUGGAGGGCAGGAUGCGGACUCCCACCCUGCUGGAUUACGGCGAGGUUCUGCUCUCCCUGCUGCCCCUGGAAAGGCGCAGUGCCCAUCUAUUCAGCUACAUCUGUGAGCUCUCGCUCCUCUACACGGAUCUGACCCUGCCGUCCCCGGCUCGGCUUGCCUGCGCCGCCCUGCUGCUCACGCGUGCCAUGCACCACUACGCUCCCGUCUGGCCCCCAAGGCUGGCCGAGCACACCGGCUUCUCCAAGCAGGACCUCAUCCCCAGUGCUGUGCUGCUCUAUACUAAAUGUUUCAGCGACGACGUCCCCACGGAUUACAGACACGUGUCUCUGACGGGGGUCAAGCAGAGGUUUGAGGAUGAGGCCUAUCAGCAGAUCAGCAAGGAGGAGGUCAUGGGCUUCAGAGAGCUGUGCGAAAUACUGGGGAUCCCCGAGCAGGAGCAGGAGCUGGGGGGUCUGGGCGGCUCGGGGCAGCCUGGAGGCCUGCACACCUUCCUGUCCUCCCCCACCAGCGACAGCAAGAGGAGACGCAGUGAGAGCGGCACACACAGCCACAGGGGCAGCUUUGUGGCCACGCCCACGGCCGAGCUGUCCAGUCAGGAGGAGACGCUGCUGGGGGACAUCCUGGAGUGGAGCCUGGACACAUCCUGCUCCGGAUACGAGGGAGACCAGGAGAGCGAAGGGGAGCGGGAUACGGAGACCUUGACAGGUCUGGCCCCUGAGAUCCUGCUGACGCACGAGGUUCAGCCCGCAGACUCGCGCCAGCACUGCCGCGCGGUUUCCAGCGACGAGGACAGCCUCUGCGAGUCGGACGCUGAUGGGACCGGCCGGCCCAAGCACUCCGGCGAGGAGCCCCUCCCACACACCGGUGCAGAGCCUUUGUUCCGACUGGCGAGCGUCGACCUCCAAAGCUCUGGGUACUCCUCUGUGCAGAGCCCCAGUCCUUCAUCCUCCUCCUGCUCUUCGCCCCCCUCCCUCAUCUCCUGCACGCUCCCUAAUCUGACUGCAUCUUCAGUGCUGGUUUCACCAGGCUUCUGCCCCCUGAUGGCCACCACCAGGGCCAAGAGCUUUGGUCGGAGGCAGGUGAAGAGGAAGAACGGGGCGGCGCACAGUGGCGGGGAAGAGGCCGCCGAGGGCUUCCUCAGCCUGUAGGGGGCGCCGUCGCGGACAUCCCGGCCAGCUCCUUCGGGGACUCGCAGCACUUUCAGAUCCCCACCUGCUGGGAAAGAGUGAAAUUUAUAGGGACACAUAAAAUGAACAAACUAAACUACAGAGCUUUAAGGACAACAAGGACAGACGUGUCCUUCCUGAAAUCAGCCACCUGACUGAGCCCCACGUUUUUUUCCUAGUCCGCAGGGUUAUUUGCUGGAGAUACGUGAUCCCUGAGUUCCUGUGGAUUAGCGCUGAUGCAGGAAUGACUGGGAAAUCUGGCUCUGGUGGGACUUUAUCAGUGUUUUAAUGCCGUAUAGGCUGUUGCAACAGUCUGUCCGUGGUGCUUUCAGACGAUCGAUCACCUCAAGAAAAAGGCUGUAAUCUUUGGUUUUAAGUAUCGUGACAAAUCGAAAUGUUCUGUUGGUAUUCUGUGGUCCGGGUGUUCAGAUAAGCGCGAGCCUGAGCCCUUACGGGAGGCCAGACCAGUCAGAAGGGCUGUGAAAUGUCACUUUGCGUUUCUGGUGGUUUUAUUCAAGUUUGGCCCUUUGGAUUUAAGGCGAUAAGUGCUAUCUUAAUGUUUACAGUUACUUGGUGCGACAGGUUUGGGGCAGGGGGGGGGGUCUUUCGAAAUCUCGAAGGCGUGGCGGAGUGCACCUUGCCGUCUGCCGGAACAGGAUAUCAGAGAUGGACAGCUUAUGUAUCAGCUACAUAGGCAUAUUACACUAUGCUCUGAGAGUGGUUUACACUGUUAGCUGCCAGCUAAUGGAUUCUCUGCCUGCAGCUGUUUGACAUGCUCUGCUUUGGAUCCCCUUACUUCGCAUAAUUUUAAAAUUGGACCAUUUAGUCGACUGGCUGUUGUAGCUGGGAGGGGGGGGGGGAUCCACACCUCCCAGCAUCUCUGACACCUGCAUGUGGUUUCGUGCCCUUGAUUUCCGCAAAUCAAUGUUUACUGUGAGGAAACUUUUUUGGUGGCUUUUGCUGCACUACAGCAAGCAAAUACUAUAAAUGUCAGUGCAUCCGAACAAAUGAGUUGACUUCAUGCACUGAGGCUGUUGCUUGUGAAUUUAAAAAGUACUGUAUUAAAAAAAAACAACAACCUGUGUGGCACGGGACAGCCUGUCCGCCAAAAAUCGACUGAUUUGUAAAUAGUUGUGCUACACAGAAUGUAUUGUGUAAAUAAUUUAAUAUGAGAAACUGUGACACAGCGCCUUUUACUUGAAGCCUGAGAUUUUGCAGGAACCUAAAGUACAGGAACACUGCUCUGCGCUACCUGAGGAUGCACUGCCUGAGUUCCUGCGGUUUUCCUCUUGUGCACGUGAAAGGUUGUGUUAAUGGAGGUCUUCAGUUGGUACCCCUGCAGUCUGUAACUGGGAUCUGUAAAGAUGUCAUUGAUAUACUGCCAAAGUUUAGCCAGCACAUUGAUGUGGAUGCAGUGCUGCUGCUGCCGGAAGGUCUCGGUGCUGCUGGGAGUUCUCAGUGUGUUGAACAUCCUUAUCAAUGCAAAGAUCAUUGUGGUGUGACCUACCUACAGUUCAGGUAACGACUUGAACAAGCGGCUGUAUCUGACUGCCAAUAAACAUUUUAAAAGAG